AUGGGCGACACAGCAGCCUCAUCCCCACGCCAGCAGUCCCCUGCAUCGCGUAGCGAGAGCAAGUCUAGUCAGAAUGACGCACUUCCAAGCGUGGAAUCCACCAGCCCCAGAUCGAACACAAGCAGCCCAUUGCUAGGUGCAGCUUGUGAAUUGCCGCCUGAUGGAGCCACAAUUUGCCCCUAUUGUCAUAAGGAUUACAGGAAGCCCCGCGUUCUGGACUGCUUGCAUUCGAUGUGCGAAGACUGUAUCAUCGCCCAGCUUGACGGCAGACGGGAGAACGGAAUCCACAAGCCCCCGCCACAGCCCGAACCCGAAUCAACUGGCUUUGACGUCGAGCUGGAGAUGAGCGCCGCAAAGGUCCGUCCCACACCACCAGGGGUCAUUCGUUGCCCAACAUGUAUGCAAGAGAGCCAUGUGGGAAAUGACGUCCGCUACGUGCACUCGAUGCUGAUGGAUUUCGUGCGCCUGACUGAAGCUGACACUCACCGCGGGAUAGAGAGGAAAUGCCGUGCUUGUAAGAGUGAACAGGCUGCCGUCGCUGUGUGCCAACAUUGUGUGGCUGAUCUUUGUCCGACCUGCUUGGAAGCUCACAAGAAUAUGAGAAUGUUUGACGGACAUCAGGUCUUGCUCUUCGAGGAGCUCGAGUCGUCUGGCCGUACCCGUGAAGCUCGCAUCGUACUCUGCACCGCUCAUGCACAACCCUACAUCAUGCUAUGUACUACAUGCGAAGUUCUGGUCUGCAGUGUAUGCCUUGAAUCAGACCAUCGCAAUAACCACAAGCUGAUCGAAGUUUCGGAACGGGUGUCACGCGUUAUCCAGAACGAGCUGUCAAAAUUGGCUACUAAGGUCAAGGAGAAAUGGGCAGAUUCGAUGAACCGUUGGGCAACAGGGACCGAUAAGCAUGCCAGCCUGGAGCAGCAGUUCGAGGUGGCUCGUGCACGAAUCGAUAUGGUUUAUGAGACAAUCCAACAACUUCUCGAGGAGACUCGUAACCGCAAGCUAAAGGAAUUGGAGUCGGAACGUAAUCGUAUGGACGACGAACUGUAUGACCUGGAGAGAAAAGUUGAUGUCACUCAAUCGCGUGUCGCUGAUGCGGUCGGAUUUGCUGAGCGGCUUGUGAAUCAGGCCAAUGGCAUGGAAUUGUUGACCUCUCGUCGCAAGGUUAUUCAACAGCUGACCAACCUCGAACACACCCUACCGAGCAUCAAUUCGGAAUAUGAGCUUGACUUUGUGCCACCAGAAAAGAAAGCUAUGGAAACGCAGCUUUCUUCAGCCUACGGAACUAUCACAUGUCGCAACGUUUCGAGCUAUCUGGAGAAACAGCGCCCAGCGAAGGAGACCAUGAGCGCUGAAGCUAUUAUGGAACGAGCUCGCGAGGCUUGGAACGACAUAUCCGCCACGGAAGUGCAGCGUCCUCUUAUGGAAGAAUCAUUCAAAGCCCCUCCUCACGUCGUCGAGAAGCCUGUCGGCCCUGGAAUUAUUGGAAUGGAACGCAGAAAGACAGCCACCGCUAUGAUACCACCCAUCGCGCGCCCGGAUUAUUUGAACGGUUGGAAUCACACGAAUGCGCCGGAUCUUCCUUCGCCUUCACCACCAACGGAUCCGAUCAAGACCCCGAUUGUUGCACCGGGAGCGAAUACACCGACUGGGAUUCAGCCGAUUGGAACCCCUACCAGCAAUAUCUAUAACAACAUGCAGUGGAACCAAAAUCCUGCCGCUCAAUUCAACGCCAAUGGAGCUGCCUCGACCACAGCCGCGACGAAUGCCGCCGCCCUGCUUCUAAACGCGGUCAACAACCCGGCCCUCUUCCAAAACCCGGGCGCCCUCUCGCUCAACUCUGCACAACUACAGCAGAUGCACCUCAAAGCAGCGCUCAUGUACCAACAGAACAGCCUCGUCGGAGGAGCCAUGCCCAAUUUGCAGAACCAUCUACUGCUUCAACAACGGUUGCGCGGCCUCAACUCGCAACUGGACAUUGUCGGGCAACUGAACCAACUUGGUGCCCUCGGUCUCGAUGGUGGACUCACUGGAUCUCAGGGCAUUGGACGCGCUCCUGGCCUUGAUGGAUUAAUCUCAACCCCGAGUGCCCCCAGAAAGGACUAUCAGAAUUCGGGCAACGAACUAAAGAUGCAUUCGGUGUUUGGGGCUGGGGUUGCCGGAAAUAGCCUACGUGAGCUCAACACACCUGGCGGCUUCUCACUGGCAGACAAUGAUGAUAUCCUGAUCGCCGACACCAAUAACCACCGUAUCAUCGUGUGUGGCCCACCACAUCCCUGGUUCUUUGGAAAAGCUGGACAGGAAGACGGUUGCCUCUGUUACCCACGCAAGGUUGUGGCGUUGAAGUUGAAAGAGCACCUCCGCUACAUUGUGCUAGACAAGUCACCAGACACGAAAUCUCGCUGCCAGGUGUUCACCACGAAGGGCGAGUUCUUGCACCGCGUCGAUCUCUGCAAGGCGGCAAAUCUCAAAUGCCUCGACGUGCAGGCAGCUUGCGGAACCCUUGCCGGACAUUUGGUUUUGGUAGACCACGGCGGUAUUGUCUACUCGUUGGACAUCAGCACCAAUAACCCGCGUGUGAUCCAUUGGUUCGAUACAGCACCGCGGAUGGGCGAGGCCACUGAUGUUGCCAUGUACGAUCAUAAUGUCUACAUCACCGACUUCCGCAACCAUUGCGUGCACGUCUUCUCCGUCGAGGGCACGUAUCUCAGAAAGCUGGGCGAGCCGGCUAUUACUCCAUAUCCAAUCGGGAUCGACAUCAGCAAGAGCGGCGACGUGUUGGUUGCCGAUACUCAUGGCAAUCAUAUGCAUAUUGUCGUAUUCGCGGCUGAUGAUAUCGCUGGAAGGAACCCACAAUCGUUUACCCAUCAAGAAUUUAAGAUGUCUCGCUGUACUCAACUACGCGUCUCUGCCAGUGGCCACAUCGUCUGCCUCUCCAAACAGGCACAUACACUCUUUGUAUUCAAGCCACUCUUCGUUCGA